GCACAGAUGCGCACAGGCGGCGUCCUUCAUCACCUCCCCCCUUGCAUCCUCAUCCUCCUCUAUUCAGAACCGGUCCGGACGGGAGGCAGAUAGCAUAGCCGGCACCUCUCGGAACAUCGCCGUGCCAACACGACUGGCACCGCUACGUGCGCCAUGUAGCCUCCGUGUAAAAGAUUUUAACUUAGAGCCGGCAGGAAAUGUGUUAAAGUUUCUAACAGUUUCUUGUCUGAUGUGUUGAUUUUUUUUUAAAACCGUGUGUAAAUCUUUUUAUUAAGGCAUGGAUGUGAUUAUGAGCGGCAAACAGGAGCUAAUAUAAUCAGGAACACUACGAGUGGAUUGGGGGGGAUUUUUUGGACGCGCUUUUCUUACAGUCCGCGUUCGCUCUCGGUGACCGAUGUUGCUGCAGAUAUGAGUUUUGGACCGAGAUUUCUUCCUGUUGCACUUUUUAUUGGAAUUGUUCUCACUCGCUGUGGCCGCUGCAACCAAGUUGUGCUGCUGGAUACGACGUCUGUGCUUGGAGAGCUGGGAUGGAAGACAUAUCCUAUCAAUGGGUGGGACGCUAUCACAGAGAUGGACGAGCACAAUCGGCCCAUUCACACAUUUCAGGUGUGCAACGUAAUGGAGCCCAACCAGAACAACUGGCUUCGAUCCAACUGGAUUUCUCGCCAGGCUGCUCAAAAAAUCUAUGUAGAGCUUCGUUUCACUUUGCGCGACUGCAACUCCAUCCCUUGGGUGUCUGGCACCUGCAAGGAGACCUUUAACCUCUUCUAUCACGAGACCGAUGAAGCCCACGGCGUAAAAUUCAAACCCAAUCAGUACACAAAGAUCGACACCAUCGCUGCAGACGAGAGCUUCACUCAGAUGGAUCUCGGCGAUCGUAUUCUGAAGCUCAACACUGAAGUGCGCGAGGUGGGACCGAUGACCAAGAAUGGCUUCUAUCUCGCAUUCCAGGACAUUGGCGCUUGCAUCGCAUUGGUGUCAGUGAGGGUUUACUACAAGAAAUGCCCGUUCACGCUGAGAAACCUGGCCUCGUUUCCAGACACAGUACCUCGUGUGGACUCGUCUUCGUUGGUGGAGGUGAGGGGCGCAUGUAUUGACCAUGCUGAAGAACGGGACACACCUAAGCUCUUCUGUGGGGCGGAUGGAGACUGGUUAGUCCCACUGGGAAGAUGUGUCUGCAGUGUUGGCUAUGAGGAGGUCGACGGCUCCUGCAUUGCGUGCCAGCCAAGCUUCUACAAGGCUUUUGCCGGAAACAUCAAGUGUUCAAAGUGCCCACCAAAUAGUUUCAGCUAUGGUGAAGGUGCUGCAAGCUGCCGCUGUGAAUUGGGCUUUUUCAGGGCCGGUAAAGAUCCUCCAACUAUGGCUUGCACACGCCCUCCCUCCCCUCCUCGUAACCUACUUUUCAACAUGAAUGACACAUGUCUGAUGCUGGAGUGGUCUCCGCCCAGUGACACGGGGGGCCGCCGUGACCUCACCUACAAUGUCCAGUGCAAACGCUGUGGUCCGGAACCAGACCGGUGCCAGCUGUGUGAAGAAGAACUACGUUUCCUGCCUCGACCGUUAGGCCUGACCAGCGCCUCGGUCACCGUCAUGGACUUCUCAGCACAUGCUAAUUAUACCUUUGAGAUUGAAUCACUCAAUGGGGUAUCAGACAUGAGCUCAUUUCCUCGCCAGGUCGCGAUUAUCACCGUCAGCACAGACCAGGGUGGUCCAUCGCUGGUGGGACCUCUGAAGAAAGACUGGGCGUCUCCCAACAGCAUUGCUCUUUCCUGGCAGCAGCCAAAAGAAACAACACUGCCCAUCAUCGACUAUGAGAUCAAAUACUAUGAGAAGGAACACGAGCAGUUGAGUUACUCUUCAACCAGCACCAAGGAUCCCAGUGUGAUCAUCACGGGUUUAAAACCGGCCACCUGGUACGUCUUCAGCGUUCGCACCCGCACGCCAGCUGGAUACAGCUCCUACGCCACCAGAUAUGAAUACAGAACCACAGGAGAUUCCUCAGACCUGGCCUCGGACCAAGGUCAGGUUUUGGUCAUCGUCACAGCAGCAGUGGGUGGUUUUACCCUCCUCGUCAUCCUCACCCUCUUCCUCCUCAUUACUGGAAGGUGCCAGUGGUACAUCAAGGCCAAGAUGACCUCCGAGGAUAAGAGGAGGACCAAUUAUCAGAAUGGACAUGUUCCUUUUCCUGGGAUUAAGACCUAUGUGGACCCUGACACAUACGAGGACCCCGCGCAGGCCGUCCAUGAGUUUACCAAGGAGAUAGACCCAUCUCGGAUCCGAAUUGAGAGGGUGAUUGGAGCCGGUGAGUUUGGAGAAGUGUGCAGCGGCCGCCUGAGAACACCGGGGAAGAAGGAGAUUGCCGUGGCUAUAAAGACGCUGAAAGGAGGCUACGUGGAGCGGCAGAGGCGGGAUUUCCUGCGCGAGGCUUCGAUCAUGGGGCAGUUUGACCAUCCCAACAUCAUCAGGCUGGAGGGCGUGGUCACAAAGAGCAGGCCUGUGAUGAUUGUGGUGGAAUAUAUGGAAAAUGGCUCUCUGGACUCAUUUCUCAGGCAACACGAUGGCCACUUCACCGUCAUCCAGUUGGUCGGCAUGCUGCGUGGCAUCGCCUCAGGCAUGAUGUAUCUGUCAGACAUGGGCUACGUUCACAGAGACCUGGCUGCUCGGAACAUCUUAGUCAACAGCAACCUGGUGUGUAAAGUGUCGGACUUUGGGCUGUCCCGGAUCCUGGAGGAUGAUCCCGAGGCUGCUUACACGACAACGCAGGGUGGAAAGAUCCCGAUUCGAUGGACCGCUCCAGAGGCCAUCUCGUACAGAAAGUUCUCAUCAGCCAGUGAUGCUUGGAGUUAUGGCAUUGUGAUGUGGGAAGUGAUGUCCUAUGGGGAGCGGCCAUAUUGGGAGAUGUCCAAUCAGGAUGUGAUUCUGUCCAUUGAAGAAGGCUACCGGCUUCCAGCGCCAAUGGGCUGUCCUGUGGCGCUCCACCAACUGAUGCUGCACUGCUGGCAGACAGAAAGAAGUCACCGGCCCAGAUUCACAGAUGUCGUCUCCUUCUUGGAUAAACUCAUCCGCAACCCCAGCAGCUUACUGCCACUGAUAGAGGACAUUCAGAGUCUACCAGAGUCUCCCGGGGAGGAAAUGGACUACCCAAUGUUCAUCUCCAUUGGCGACUGGCUGGACUCCAUCAAAAUGAGUCAGUAUAAAAGCAACUUCAUGGCAGCGGGCUACAACACGCUGGAUUCAGUAGCGAGGAUGAGUAUCGAAGAUGUGAGGCGUAUUGGGGUGGAUCUUAUCGGCCACCAGCGGCGGAUCAUCAGCAGUGUCCAGACUCUCCACCUCCAGCUACUGCACGAACAGGAGAAAGGCUUCCACGUAUGAGGUCGUCCUUUCACAUGACCUGGGAUGAACAGAUUGAAGGAGCAGAUGGAAGUGAAGUCUAGACUGUGAGACACACUCUACAAGCCUGUGCCUGAGUCUUAACCCCUCAUCCCGUCUGUUUUAAGGAGGUCAUCGGAGCGGAUGCACUGACUCCUGGGCUUCUUUAAUCCUUCAGUAGUGAACGACUCUUUUUUCUACGACACCCAUUAUAAUACCUGGUCUGGCCAGACUAUUUUUAGACCACCUGAUAGACCUUCCAGUCUGGCUCAGGCCCUUACUUAGGGGAAUGUAAUGCCUUGUUACAGCUGCCGACUUCAAAUAUCUAGACAUGUAGAUUUAUGGACAUAAUCUACUGAAUUCUUCUUUUCGUGCUCAUGUAGCUGCUCCUGCGUGUGCAAAGUUUUUGUUCUCAGAAAAAAAACAAAAAAACAGAAAACACACCGUCACUACUUUUCAUUUUGGAAUUUGAUCAUAAAGGUAUGUGGAUUGGAAUUUGAAUACUUGAAGAGCGCAGUGAAAAGCAAGAUGUAUUGAAUGUUCAAGUGUAUAGAUUAAUCAGUAAUUAUUAUCAUAAUCUUAUAUCUAUAUAUAUAUGUGCAGAUCUGUAUGUCAAAAGCCCUAGUGAAUCUAAAAUCUUAUUUAAAAUCAUAUUUAUUUAUGUCCGAUCAGCAAUAAUCAUGCAGUGUCUCUCACAGAGAGAUGAGGAAUUGUGCAAUGAGAAACUUACCAACAUGGGACUCGCUCAACCGUCCGUGUUUUUUAGUGCCACAUGCCAAGCUCACUAGACUGGUUCAGUUGCCUUCACGUGAAAAACACAUUGUUUUAUGAAUCUGCGAGAAACAUAUAGAAUUGUAAGAGUUGCCUGACAGAAAACAAUCACCACUGUCUUAACAUUCGAAUGUUCACACGGGUCAUUAUUUUUUGCCUAACACGCAAUAACACGGUUAUGGUUCCUCAGAAGUACAUUCAGUCCAAGUAGUCACAAGGAGAUGAAUAGAAGUGACUUGAUCUAAGAACACAACUAACAGUCCAUGUUCAUGUCUAGGCCAGUUUGUGCUUUGCCGUUUUGAUCAUAUAAAGGUUGUUCAAUAUGUGGCAGUAGAGGAAUCAAGUGUACAUAAAAGUAGUCAAAAUGAAAACUUGUUGGAUCUGCAGUAGUGGAUGUCAUGUGGUCAGAUGUUUGCCAUUGAAAUGAUUUAUCUUCAUUCUCUGAGACAAUGGUCGACAGGUGGAACCGUUUUACAAAUAACUAUAUGAAAAAUGGAAAUCAGUGACACUUUUACUUUCAGUGUGAAUUAGCACAGGCUCUGUCCGACUGCAUCGUUUAACGAUUCCGUCUAAAAAAAAAAAAACAAGGUGGACGUUUAUUCUUUAUCCAGUUGGUUUACAGAUGUAUCCGUAUGUUCAAACUUGUUCAAUGCUACGCCCUCUUUUGUAACAAUGUUGAAGUAUCCUUGAGUGAAAUACCGAACGUUGUCAGUGGGUAUAUAAACGUGGUAACAAUGUCAAAGCGCUUUGAGUAUCUCAAAAAGUAGAAAAACGCAAUAGAGUCCAGUUGCAUCUUAUGAUUUUUAUGCCACUUUCACUAUGACUUGAACGGAAUCGUUCAGUUUUUAGCCAUGGAUCACAGGACCUCAAAGUGUAAUAGUACUCCAAAAUACUAUUGUAGUAUUCCAAGCUAAUAAUAAUCCAAAUCUAAUUUUAAAAAAUAAGCCAAUUGGGAGGUUUGCCUUUUGUAAGACGGAAACUGUAUGUUGGUAAUCAUAAUUACCGUAUUUUCCGGACUAUAAGUCACACUUUUUUUCAUAGGCUGGCUGUUCCUUGCGAAAACUGUUUAUGGACACCUUUACUGUUCUUGUUUAUUUUUUGUGUAGCUAAAUAAUCAUUGUGUUAGCCGUUCUCGAUUCUUUUAUUGUUACAACUUGCCUUCCAAGAGAACGUAAUGUCUGUUUUGGUCAAGUAGUUAAAAUAAAUUACCUGCAAAAACUUCGACUUACAUAUACUCUAGUGAGACUUAUGUAUGUUUUUAAAAAUAAGGCAAUGGGAGGUUCGCCUUUUGUAAGACGGAAACUGGAUGUUGGUAAUCAUAAUUACCGUAUUUUCCGGACUAUAAAUCGCACUUUUUUUUCAUAGGCUGGCUGUUCUUGCGACUUAUAAAUGAAAAAAGUUGAUGAACACCUCUACUGUUCUUGUUUAUUUUUUGUGUAGCUAAAUAACCAUUGUGUUUGUUCUCUAUUCUUUUAUUGUUACAACUUGCCUUCCAAGAGGACUUCCAAGAAUGUCUGUUUUGGUCAAGUCGUUCGUAAAAUAAAUUACCCGCAAAAAAUGUGACUUAUAAACCAGUGCGACUUAUGUAUGUUUUUUUUCUACCUAAUUAUGUAUUUUUGGCCUUGUGCGACUUAAGUCCAGAAAAUACGGUAUUUUAAAUAUUAAAAAAAAGUGUUUUAUACUAGUGACUUCUAUAAGUCGCUACCUUUUUAAGUGAGAAUAUUGAAGGAGAUCAAUUUGAGUCCGAGUUAUAGUGAUUUGGGUACUGCAGUAGUACUGUUAAUGGUGUGUUUAUCUACUAUGUACCAAGCAUAAUAUGUGUAGGGCAGUUGCCAGCAAUAGAGCCUGUUAUUCUUCCAAAGGCUGGACUACUCACUCGAUACUCAUCCUCGCUACUGAAUCCAGCGUGUUUUGGUCAAGUAGUUAAAAUGAAUUACCUGCAAAAAAAUGCGACUUAUACUCCAGUGAGACUUAUGACUUAUGUAUGUUUUUAUCUACCUAAUUAUGUAUUUUUGGCCUUGUGCGACUUAUACUCUGGAGCGACUUA